ACACCUGGGAUGACGUCAAAGAAAUGCGCGCGCAGAAUUUCUUCCCAGUUGUAAUCCAAACUCCACUAGCUGGUCAGUUAUGGAGGAACGCGAAGACUUCGUGAACAUUUUUAAAACACAGGUUAAGAUGGUUUUGGAUAUUCUGUUAAAUGUCGCCGUAUCGGAGAUAACACAUAUUUUCCAAGGCACUUCGGGUAACGCUACUAUCCAGAAUACAGUAUUACCCGUUGCUCUUUGUGCCGGAGACCACGCCAUAGAGACCGUGCAGGCAUGCAGACUGAAGAAUGCAUUGGAGAUGGCAAUAUGCACAUACACACGGGAAACCACUGAAGUGACACCACGUGCAACUCAACAUGAUGGUGGUGAGGCCCCCAGUGGCUCUGUUGCUAUGCCAAGGCGUGAUGAUGGUGAAGACAUGCACAUUAAUCUUAAAUAUGAGAGAUUGGACAUGGACUGGGAGGUGGUGAAGGUUGGUGUCUUUGAGGAGGGUGACAGUAUUGGGAACAGCAUGCACAAGAGUCAAGAGUAUGAAUGUCUUGUCUCUGAAUUGGCGUUUGAACCAUCGACAUCCUCAGAGGUCUGGGACCCCCACUGCAUACACACUGAAGACAGUGCUGCCACCACCACCACCCUGUCACUGUGUUCAAAUGACAACGUAUUGUUAAACUCCCCGACAGACAGACUGACUGAACAGGAGGCGCAGGUGGGUUCUUCCCAGGCCCCACAUCCAGUGCCCCUUAAAUGGCUUCUAUUUCCUCUUCCUAUCUCAGUCAGCCCAGUAAAAGAAGUGGAAUUAGAAAGGGGAAAGCUAGUGGGGAAACUGGAGCCUGUUCCCAUCGCCAUCAGCACGCCGGUGGAUUCGGAACAACAGCCAGCCUACACCCUUAGAACUAUAGAUACAGAACCCAUGCUUAGAACACCUGUGGGACACCUGGAAACACUCACUGACUAUGACAUCACUGGUGCUGCUGUCAAAGAAGAGCCACUAGGAAGCUCUGGACAACUGGAACUCAAGGAGGAGAUUGAGCUGGUCCGGCAUACUGCACAACCAAGUACACAACGGUACAAUGACAUUAUAGCAACAACACAACUAAGCACGCUACAAGAGCCCAUUCUCACCCAAGGAAACCCCAAUGUACACGUGGCCACACAAGCAAGCAUUAUAUUAAACCCAGCAGCAAAGGAAGAGCAGCGAGACCGAGGAGGACCAGUGUUGAGCGGGACCAGAAGCAGAAAAGGCUGUGACACCACUUCCACAGCACUUCAACCCACCUCCAUAUCACCUCACCGCUCUCCCCUCACCCCCUCCACUCCACCACUACUACCCCAUGACCUGGAGAAGCAGAUGAGACGCUGUUCAGUGAUACUCGAGGACAUGCGGCUGGUGGGACACUGCCACCGUCGCCUGCGCAUCUGCUGGGACUGUGGCAAGAUCUUCUACCGGAAACGGAAGCUGAGGUGGCACCGCCGUUUAAUCCACACCGGAGAGAAACCGUACUGCUGCUCCCUGUGUCACCGGGCGUUCUCGCUCCGGAAGAACCUGAAGCACCACCAGAGGGCCCACACAGGGGAGAAACCGUACCACUGUAAAGACUGCGGGAAGCAGUUCCAUUGCAACGGGAAACUGACGACCCACAUGAGGUUUCACACAGGGGAGAAACCCUUCGGCUGCACCCUCUGUAGGAAAAAAUACAGGGUGCUAAAGAACUUAGAGACACACAUGGCCACCGCACACCCGCACGCCAACCCACACCCUGGCUGAUGUCUUAACCGUUAGAACAAGUCCAAAAUGGUACCCUAUUCCCUUUUGUAGUACACUACUUUUGUCUUAUAUUGCUCCCUCUGGGAACAGGGUGCGGAAGAACUUGACACAUGACAUCGAGGUGAAAGACCACACCAAGACAGUGAAAGACUGAAUAGUAGAAGAUUCUGGAUAGAAUACUUGAGUGGGAUGCAGUGUAGGCGGCCUUCGUGUUAUCUAGAGAUCUACAACUACUGUUGAAGUUGGAAGUUUACAUACACCUUAACCAAAUACAUUUCAACUCAGUUUUUCACAAUUCCUGAGAUUUAAUC